AUGAGCACCUACAAUGUCUCCCCAUUCACUACAGCAGUGGUGUCGUCCAUGCGCCGACUCUACCCCGAAGUACUGGCAGACAAAUCCUUCGACAACACUGGUUUCCUCGUACAAGCACCCUUUAUACCUUCGCGUCCGCGCAAUCGCAAUUCCGUCCUGUUGACCGUCGAUCUCACUCGUGCCGUCGCAGACGAGGCCAUCGAAAACGAUCACUCCGUUGUCGUCGCAUACCAUCCCAUCAUAUUCCGCGGACUCAAGUCCAUCACCGCCGACGAUUCGCAGCAGCUGUCUAUAACGUUACUUCUCGCGCAUGGUAUCAGCGUGUACUGUCCGCAUACCGCGGUCGACACCGUCCCCCAUGGCAUGGCCGACUGGCUCUGCGACAUGGUGACAGGAAAAAUGGACGAUCCAGAACAAGAAGCACAUUCAGCGGCAGCACCACCGUCGCCGCCAUCCGAGACCGAAGUCACCACCUCUGAGAGUGAGAAGGAUUCAGAGUCUACGAAGCCAACAUCGCCAUCCGCGGCAGACCAAGACCACGACGACCCCUUCUUCAAGUCCAACGAGACACCCAAUGCGAAAAGCACUAAAUUGUUUCGCAAAAAUGCUCCUCAUCUGCACAGAACCUACUCGAAACCCGCAUACCCAAGAGCGACCUCCGACUUCUACCCAGCAGUGAUAUCACAUUCUCGCAGCGUGAUCACCCCGUCUCCACGUGCAGCGAUUGACUCGGCGAACCAAUUCGUUGCCUCGGAUGCAGCUUACACCACCUCCAACACCGGCGCAGGUAGAUUGAUCGAGUUCUCCGAGCCGCAACCCCUGACACUCCUGAUCACACGUAUCGCUCAUGCGAUAGGCUUGCCGAAAGGCUUUGCCGUGGCGAUCCCUCAGGGCCGGACGAUCGAGGCCAUGAGUAUUGCCAGCGUGGCUACAUGCCCCGGCAGUGGAAGUGGCGUGGUGCGCGGAUGUCGUGCCGACCUGAUUUUCACGGGCGAGUUGAGUCACCAUGAAGCGCUGGCUGUGACCGAACGAGGCGGGUGUGUGAUCAGUCUGUUCCAUUCGAAUUCGGAGAGAGGUUACCUUUGGGGCGUGAUGCGUGAGAAACUUGGAGAUGAAGUCACUGAGGAGUGGGCAAGAGUGAGGGAUGAAGAAGCGGCUAAGUCUGGGUUGGAGAAAGAGAUGAAGGAGAUGUUGCAGGACGAAAGUGUUGAGGUAGUGGUUAGUGAGAGGGAUAGGGAUCCGUAUGGGAUCGUUGUCCUGGAGGAGACGGCUGUGGAAGGCGUGAGUUUUGCUGAAGAGUGA